AUGCUGGCGAAACUACGAUCCAGCUUGUCCUCUCGGGACAAAAAGCGAUCCGAGGACACGGGUCGCCGUCCGAGCAACAAUGAGAAGCUAUCUGCGAAUUCUCGCUUAGAAUGGCUUCGAAGAAAAAGCUCUGGCUCCAUUUCUACCCUCUCUUCCCUUCGCGCCUCCAACACGAGUUUGAGCACAGAUGAAGGUGUCGAUGCCUUCACAAGCUUCGAGCCCGACGCCCUCGGGCUCCAUGUCAUCCAUGAGCCAGAUACGAAACCAAUCGCCGAUAUUAUCUUUGUACAUGGCCUUGGAGGCCACAGUUACAAAACCUGGUCUAAGGAUCACAACCCCGCGUUCUUCUGGCCAGGAUUGUGGCUUCCGAAAGACUCCAAGAUUGGCAAAGCGAGGCUGUUGACGUAUGGGUACGACUCUCAAUUGGGAGGUCCGAAAACUGUGUCCAACAUCAUGGGGUUCGCGAGGUCACUUUUAUUCGACCUGCGGCACAGCAGGGGCGAUCGAGAAUACAGCCUUGGAAUAGGCCGCGCCCCCAUCAUCUUUGUCGCUCAUUCCAUGGGUGGUCUCGUCGUCAAAAAGGCUUAUCUUCUGGCCCAGAGCGAUAAAAACUGUCGAGAUUUGGCUCAAUCGAUCUCCGCCAUUGUGUUCCUUUCGACACCUCAUCGUGGAGCGUCUCUCGCCCAUUUUCUCAAUCUGCUGCUGAAGGUGUUAUUUCAACACGAGAAGUCUUACAUCAAGGACCUCGAAUGCAACUCUCCCGCCAUCGAAGAGAUAAACGAGCAAUUCCGUCAUUUUGCGUCGAAAUUGUCGCUGAUCUCAUUCUACGAGAACUUGCACACUCUUGUCGCAGGCCGUCCCGUGAUGAUCGUGCCCAGGGACUCUGCCAUUCUCGGCACCGAAAAUGAAGAGCCGCGUGGUCUUCUUGCUAACCACCACACAGUGUGCAAGUUUGAAGACGAGAGAGACGAGAAGUUCAAGAUCGUCCGGGACACAUUAAAAAGUCUCGUGGAGAUGUUUGGUCAAAAAGUCCCCAGGGCAACUGUCGACUGGUCUCCAAAUGUGAAUGGGGAUAUCAAAAAGGUCCUCGCCCUGUCCACCGCCGACGUCGACGAUUUCAAUACUGCUCGGAAAAGAUGGGUUGCAGGCAGUUGCGAAUGGGUCUUGGAGGAUCCUGGGAUGCACUCUUAUCUGGCAAACUUUACCGAGUCCCAUCUGACAUGGUACCAUGCACCGCCAGCCCACGGGAAGUCGGUCCUCUCAAGCUACAUUAUUCACCAUCUUCAAUCGAACGGCUACGAUUGUCAGUAUUAUUUCUUCAACUAUGGGGAUCAAAAACGGAAGACCAUCAGCCAAAUGUUGAAGUGUCUGGCGUACCAGAUAUCUUGCAUAAUGCCCGAAUACAGGGACGAGAUGCUCGCCUCCUCAACCGAAGGCUUUCAAUUCGACCACGGGAAUCAUCGACUGCUCUGGCAGAAAUUGUUCGAAAAUCUCUUGUUCUCCAAGACACCUGAUCGCCCUCUCUUCUGGGUCAUCGAUGGCCUUGACGAAUCAGAGUCUCCGAAGACGGUCGUUGAACUGCUACAAGAAAUCCUUCUAAACUCAAGGGCUAGAAUGAAGAUCUUUGUCACCAGUCGACGGACCGAGACCCUCGCCUUGACAUUCAAGAAGCUUGAGCGCGUUCUGAAAGUCAGCAUCAUUGAUGGCGAAGAAGGCCAGAGCCGUAAUCUUCAAGACAUCGAGCUCCUUGUGGAUAGAGAACUUGAAGAUCUAUCCGGUAGUACCGCUCACAAGGAACGACUCCGGCGCGAGCUGCUACAACGCGCAAGAGGCAACUUUCUGUGGGUAAGCCUGGUCCUCGAAAAACUACAAGAUUGUCAGACAGAAAGCGCCACUUGGCUGGCCCUGGAACAAAUGCCGGGCGACAUGAACAAGAUGUACGAGCAUAUGCAACGCCUGAUUACCGAGACGAAAGAUGAACAACGGCUGAAGCUGGCGAAGGAGCUACUACAGUGGGUUACUUGCGUACCACGCCCUCUGACAUUGGGCGAGUUGCGGGACGCCAUAAGCAAAGACUACCCUGAUUUCCUUGAUCUGAAGAGGACCAUCCGCGACGUCUGCGGACAGUUCAUUGUUGUCGACAGCACCAACCACGUCACCACCGUGCACCAGACCGUCCGGGACUUUCUCAUGAAGUCGAAGACCCUCGAAGGCUCCAUUGUCAUUGACCGCCAAAGUGCUCACAGCGCGCUCCUCGUGAAGAGCCUUUCCAGUCUCCGUGGUUCGAGCCUGAACGCCAGAAGAGGGAUACAACUCGUAGAAGAACUCGAAGCUAAGCAUCCUUUCACAAUCUACUCAGCAACCUCAUGGGCCUAUCACCUCAGUUAUGCCGACCCUGUUUCCGAUGCAGUAUUGGACGAGCUGGAAAGAUUUUUCAGUGACUCUUGUGUGCUGGAUUGGAUACACCUGCUCACAAUGCUCAACAGUCUCAGGACUUUGGCCAGGGUGGGAAAGGCACUCUUGAUCUUUGUUGCAUCCAAUCGCACCCUCAAUAGCUCGCGGAAUCCGAUGCUCCAUCGCCUCUCUACUAUUGAGCUCCUGGAGGAUUGGGCUAUCGACUUGGUGAGAAUAACAGCAAAGUUCAGCAAGCAUCUGACAACCCAACCCGAUUCCGUAUACGAGAUCAUCCCAGCCGUGUGCCCGCCAACUUCCGUGCUCUACCGCCAAUUCUACCGGCCCAAGAAGUCCAAGGUGCUGGUAUCCGGUCAGAAUGAUGCGUGGAACGACGUAUUCUCUCGACUUGUACUUCCCCAGGACGAGGUUGCCUCGAGGAUUGUGUCUGCAGGGCCGUAUUUGGCGGUUCUCACUCAAAGUGGCACCGUUUACAUAUGGGGUUCUGCAGAUUUCGAGGAGAUAUGCACGAUCCGUCACGGUGAGCCCGUGACGGCCAUUUGUAUGAACGAUAAGGGCAACUUGCUCGCGACUUACGGCUUGAAGACUACAAAGAUCUGGGAGAUUCCCGCCGCCACCGUCCGCCAGCAAGUUCCGAACACGGUAAACAGCAAAGCAAUGUCACUUGUGUUUGCCACGAAUGACAAACGCAUCCUGGCUGCGACGGACAACCGGUCAAUAAGGUUCCUGAAUACAACAGAAAACAUGCCAUCAUGGCAGUUACUGGACGAGGCUUUGCUGAAAGAGAAGACCCAAUCGGAUUCAGUAAUUAUCAACAGUCCAAGCCGCAUGAUAAUCAAUCCCACCGGGACACAGGUGGGAGUAUGCUAUAGGUCAUUUCCUCUUACGGUUUGGGAUUUGGAAACUGCAACGCUUAUCGGCCGCUGCUUGAGGCCAACUGCUGGUCUGGGCACAACCUCGACCUCUGCGCAGACCUGGUUUCCCGUGGAACUUUUCGCAUGGAAUCCUGUUACUGGUCAUAUCAUCGGCUGGUACAAGGGAAAUACUCUUUUCAAAUGGCACCCAGUAACAGAUGAAAAUCAUGAAGUCUCGGCUUCUGUCGACGAACUGGUUUCAAGUCCCAACGGUAAAAUAUUCGUCACAAGCGACAGCAAUGGAACCGUCAAGGUGUGGAACUUUGCAUAUUUCACAGUGAUCUAUCAGCUGUCUUCUGGAGACUUGGUCAGCGGGUUGUCCUUCAGCCCAGAUUCUACACGAUUUUACGAUAUUCGAGGAUCGACUGUCACUGCGUGGGAACCCGGUGGGUUGACUCGACUUGCAGAAUCAGAAGAGACCUUCAGCGACGCCGCGAGUGAUGAGCACCGCGGCACACUUGUUUCUCAUGUAUCCGAGGCGAGCGCUCCACAAUAUCCCAGUAUUACCGCGCUCUCUGCAGCUCCAGAUGGUCUGCGGUACGUAUAUGGUAACGAUGAUGGCGAGGUUUAUCUUGCGGACGUGCAGACUACAUUCCAGACGGAGCUGACACGCUUCCACAAUUUCCAAUGCGUUAGCCACCUCGUCUGGAGUCCAGAUGGCCGAAUCGUUGUUGCCGCCGACCUUGCAGCUGACGUCCGCAUAAUGGAGAUCAACAACGGGACCUCCAGACAUCUCGAGCCAACAGACGUUCGAGCCUUGCAACGUCCAAAGUUGGCCCUGAAUGGUGCUGCCAUACAUCAAAUGCUACUGGACUAUUCAUCACGGCUGCUUCUUGUUAUCAGCGACAACCUUGCUCAGAUAUGGGAUAUCGUUGAUUGCUCUAUGAAGACUUCAGCAUCCCUGGACGUCGCUACUCGGCAGGGCUGGCUUAAUCACCCUACUAAUCAUGAACUAUUCCUGGGAAUCGGGCCUGAACAUAUCAGGAUAUAUCGAUGGUCUAGCCUCCAGCAGAUGCAUCAUUUCAAGCUCAGUAAUACAAUGCCAUCUCUGGUGAGACAACCGACUUCUAUUGCACUAUCGGACGAAACAACCAAUAAUUUGCCAGCAAAUGGUCUAUCGAACUCGAGACAGGACCACGUCACGGAGAUGUCCAAAGUCAUACUCUCACAAGAUGCCAAGCAUAUUCUUGUAUAUCUCAAAGAAUAUCUGCCGAAGAGCAAGGUUCAGAAAAAGCUCCUUAUUUUACAGACGAGGGCAUUAGAUGCAGCCAUGGAUAUUGGGAAGGGAGCUUCACUCGAAUACAUGGAGAUUCAACACGAUCUGAUGAGCAAGAUCGAAGUACCUUUGGGGAUUUUGCCAGGAGAGCAGCUGGUCUUCUUUGACCGUGGCUAUUGGCUUUGCUCGGCGGACCUAGCUCGAGGAUCCAAGACGGAUAUAAAGUAUCACUACUUCAUCCCAAGGGACUGGACGAGCGUAGGAGGUCUAGCUCAGAGCUUUAUCUUGCCCGAAGGGACCUUGCUUUGUAUCCAAGAAGGCAAGGUAGUGACGGUCAGAAGCAAUUUUGGCGGUAUCGAUGCUUGA